AGCAUCUUGGGACUUGUAGUCGCCUUAGGAAAGGAGCGCUCCGUCAGCGUGGCGUGGGUUUGUAGCUCUGGUGGAGAUGAAGGGGAAAAGGCCAGCUGAACGGGGUCCCGGGUCCGGCCGUGAAGGGAAAAAGGGAAAGAAGGAGGUAAUGGCGAAGUUUUCGGAUGCUGUCACGGAGGAAACCUUGAAAAAGCAGGUGACUGAAGCCUGGAGCUGCAGAGCGCCGUUCAGUCACGAGGCCAUUGUUAUGGACGUGAAUCCCUUUCCUCACUGUGUGAUCCCUAACUUCAUCCAAAGUCAAAACUUCUUGGAAGAGCUUCAGAAGGAACUUUUAAACUUGGACUUUCAUGCAAAAUGUAAUGAUUUAUAUAAAUUCCAGCAGUCUGAUGACUUGAAGAAGAGAAGAGAGCCGCACAUCUGUGCUUUAAGAAAAGUUCUAUUUGAAGAUUUCCGGACUUGGCUUUCUGACAUUUCUAAGAUUGACCUGGAAUCAACCAUUGACAUGUCUUGUGCUAAAUAUGAGUUCUCAGAUACCCUCCUCUGUCAUGAUGAUGAGCUGGAAGGACGCAGAAUCGCCUUCAUUCUGUAUCUGGUUCCUCCCUGGAACGAGAGCUUAGGGGGCACCCUGGAUCUGUACAACACUGAUGAACACUUUCAGCCGAAGCAGAUUGUCAAGUCUCUUAUCCCUUCAUGGAACACACUGGUUUUCUUUGAAGUGUCUCCAGUAUCCUUUCACCAGGUGUCUGAAGUCUUGUCUGAAGAUGUGUCACGCUUGUCUGUCAGCGGCUGGUUUCAUGGUCCUUCACUGGCUAGGUUUCCUAACUACUUUGAACUUCUCAUACCACGGUGCCCUCACAUCCCACGAGAUCAUGAAAUUUUGUAUGAUUGGAUCAACCCUACCUACCUGGACAUGGAAUACCAAGUUCAAAUUCAAGAAGAAUUUGAAGAAAGUUCUGAAAUUCUCCUAAAAAAGUUUCUUAAGCCUGAAAAAUUUGCAAAGGUCUGUGAGGCGCUGGAGAAAGGAGAUGUGAAAUGGAGCAGCCAAGGUCCCCCUAACAAAAGGUUUUAUGAGAAAGCCGAAGAAAACAAGCUUCCUGAUAUACUGCAGGAGUGCAUGGAAUUAUUUCGCUCCGAGGCACUGUUCUUGCUGCUCUCCAACUUCACAGGCCUGAAGCUUCACUUCUUGGCCCCUUCAGAAGAUGAUGAAAUUGAGGACAAAAAAGAGGAAGCAGCAGCCUCUGCUUCUGAUAGCACCAAAGAAGAGACUAGCCAUAGUUCUUCUGAGUCUGAGGCUUCUCAAGUGGCCAUCAGCAACAGCAGCCCGUGCAGCAGUGCACAGACAGACCCACACCCAGAGGAAAAUAAAGCAAAGAAAGAAUCCAGUGUUCCUACAUGCCAGGGGGAACUGAGGCACUGGAAGGCUGGUCAUUACACUUUACUCCAUGACAACAGCAUAACUGAAUUUGCCUUGGACUUAAUUUUCUACUGUGGUUGUGAAGGUUGGGAGCCAGAAUAUGGUGGCUUUACUUCCUACAUUGCCAAAGGUGAAGAUGAAGAGCUGUUAACAGUGAAUCCAGAAGACAACUGUUUGGCACUGGUCUACAGAGAUAGAGAGACUCUGAAAUUUGUAAAGCAUAUUAACCACCGAAGCCUAGAACGAGAGAAAACCUUCCCAAAUGGAACAGGCUUCUGGGACUUUUCAUUCAUCUAUUAUGAGUGACAGGGUUGGGCAAAGCUGACAAAAAAGAGACCCUUCACUACUACGGUGAAGUCUGACAGAGUGAAGCAUGGAAUAAAGUGGAGUUACUAAGUAACUGACAGUGUGCCUAAAA